AUUCUCUUCCUUUUUCUUUAUCCUCGUCGAAUCAGUUUUUUUACCAAAUAUCUUUUGGGAGACGUAAUUAGCCAGAAUGUCUAAGAUCACCACCGCUCACGUACGUGAACACGUCCAAAAGUUGUUGGAAUACUCCACCGAAACCAAGAAGAGAAACUUCUUGGAAACCGUCGAAUUACAAGUCGGUUUGAAGAACUAUGACCCUCAAAGAGACAAGCGUUUCUCUGGUUCUUUGAAGUUGCCUCAAGUCCCAAGACCAAACAUGACUAUCUGUAUCUUUGGUGAUGCCUUCGAUGUUGACAGAGCUAAGUCUUGUGGUGUUGAUGCCAUGUCUGUUGAUGACUUGAAGAAGUUGAACAAGAACAAGAAGUUGAUUAAGAAGUUGGCCAAGAAGUACAACGCUUUCGUCGCUUCCGAAGUCUUGAUCAAGCAAGUCCCAAGAUUGUUGGGUCCUCAAUUGUCCAAGGCUGGUAAGUUCCCAACCCCAGUCUCCCAUAACGAUGACUUGUACGGUAAGGUUACUGACGUUAAGUCCACCAUCAAGUUCCAAUUGAAGAAGGUCUUGUGUUUGGCUGUUGCCGUUGGUCACGUUGAAAUGGAACAAGAUGUCCUUGUCAACCAAAUCAUGAUGGCUGCUAACUUCUUGGUUUCCUUGUUGAAGAAGAACUGGCAAAACGUCGGUUCCUUGGUCAUCAAGUCUACCAUGGGUCCAUCUUUCAGACUUUACUAAGUUAUUUAAUUCUUUAGGUAACUGUAAAAUUUGUACUUUAGUUUAGGUAAAUUAAUUAAUUUCAUCUUACUUUAAAAA